AUGGCCUGUGAUCUGAUUCUUGCCAGGUACCACGAGUGGAUGAAAUCGGAGGAGCUGCAGCGCCUGACGGCGUCUGAACCCCUGAGCCUGGAGCAGGAGUACGAGAUGCAGCGCAGCUGGCGGGAGGACGCCGAUAAGUGCACGUUCAUUGUGCUGGACACGGAGCGGUGGUCGGCGCAGGCGUGUGCGGAGGAGGACUGCAUGGUGGGAGAUGUGAACCUGUUCCUCACCGACGUUGAGGAUCCCACUCUGGGCGAGAUUGAAAUUAUGAUUGCAGAGCCCAGCUACCGUGGCAGAGGAUUUGGCAAGGAGGCAACUCUGAUGAUGAUGUCCUAUGGGGUGAAAAACCUAGGGAUCACCAAAUUCGAGGCAAAGAUUGGCCAGGAGAAUGAAGCCAGUAUCAGCAUGUUCAAAAAGCUUCAUUUCAAGGAGGUAGCUGUGAACAGCGUCUUCCAAGAAGUGACGCUGAGGCUGGAUGUGAGUGACCAAGAGAAGCACUGGCUCCUGGAACAGACAAGCCACGUGGAGGAGAAGAGCUACACUGACCUAAAGCUGCCCUCCGCGGUGCCCCAGAGCUGA